UGGCUCGGCUCGGUAGAGCCGCCCCCGGUUGCAUCAGCUUCGGCGGCCGGGCCGCGCCUGCGCCGCGUCGUUGUCAGCCUUUUCCACCCACCCCUUCCACGCGGCGGCCAUGGCUGGCGCUGACGGGCAGGUAAAUGCUGGGGAAGAAAAAAAGGCCGACUGCGGGAAGAAGAAAAUGAAAGAAGCAUGUGGUGAUGAAGGGCGUGCAGAGCUAAAUCCUUGGCCUGCAUUUAUCAAUGAGCGCUUAGAGAUGUACAAUAAACUUAAAGCUGAGCACGAUGCACUUCUUGCAGAGCGAGCUGCUAAUGAUAGUAAACCCAUUAAAGUUACAUUACCUGAUGGCAAGCUGGUUGAUGCUGAGUCCUGGAAGACCACACCUUAUCAAAUUGCUUGUGGAAUUAGUCAGGGCUUAGCUGACAACACUGUUAUUGCUAAAGUGAAUAAGAUGGUUUGGGAUUUAGACCGUCCUUUAGAGGAGGAUUGCACCUUGGAGCUGCUCAAGUUUGAGGAUGAAGAGGCUCAAGCAGUAUACUGGCACUCAAGUGCACACAUAAUGGGUGAAGCUAUGGAGCGAAUUUAUGGUGGAUGUUUGUGCUAUGGACCACCAAUAGAAAAUGGAUUUUAUUACGACAUGUUCCUUGAGGAUGGAGGUGUAUCAAGUAAUGACUUCUCUGCUUUGGAAACGCUGUGCAAAAAGAUCAUGAAGGAAAAGCAACCCUUUGAAAGACUGGAAGUUAAGAAGGAAACACUACUUGAAAUGUUUAAGUAUAACAAAUUCAAGUGUCGCAUCCUGAAUGAGAAGGUCAAUACCCCAACUACAACAGUAUACAGAUGUGGUCCCUUGAUAGAUUUAUGCAGAGGACCUCACGUUAGACAUACUGGCAAGAUAAAGAGCAUAAAAAUUCAUAAGAAUUCAUCUACUUACUGGGAAGGCAAGGCUGAUAUGGAAUCUCUCCAGCGAAUCUAUGGAAUUUCAUUCCCAGAUGCAAAAAUGUUGAAGGAAUGGGAAAAAUUCCAGGAGGAGGCUAAAAACAGAGAUCACAGAAAAAUUGGACGGGAUCAAGAACUCUUUUUCUUUCAUGAGCUCAGCCCCGGUAGCUGCUUUUUCUUACCAAAAGGAGCUUACAUAUAUAAUACCUUAAUUGAAUUCAUCCGGAGUGAGUAUCGAAAACGUGGAUUCCAAGAGGUUGUCACUCCAAAUAUUUUCAACAGUAAACUAUGGAUGACUUCAGGGCAUUGGCAGCAUUACAAUGAAAACAUGUUUUCCUUUGAAGUGGAGAAAGAAAUAUUUGCUCUGAAGCCUAUGAACUGUCCAGGACACUGCCUUAUGUUUGAUCAUCGUCCAAGAUCAUGGCGUGAGCUGCCCUUACGGUUGGCUGAUUUUGGUGUUCUGCAUCGAAAUGAACUGUCAGGAGCUCUUACAGGACUCACUAGAGUACGUCGGUUCCAGCAGGAUGAUGCUCACAUAUUCUGUUCCGUGGAACAGAUAGAAGAGGAGAUAAAGAGUUGUCUACAGUUCUUGCGUGCUGUUUAUGAUGUCUUUGGAUUUUCCUUUAAACUGAAUCUCUCUACUCGUCCUGAAAAGUAUCUGGGAGAUAUUGAGGUGUGGAAUCGAGCUGAGAAGCAACUGGAAAACAGCCUUAAUGACUUUGGUGAGAAGUGGGAGUUGAACCCUGGUGAUGGAGCUUUCUAUGGACCUAAGAUUGACAUUCAGAUUAAAGAUGCCAUUGGACGCUACCACCAGUGUGCUACAAUCCAGCUGGACUUCCAACUGUCAAUCAGAUUUAACCUCACUUUUGUCAGCCACGAUGGUAAUGACAAGACAAGACCCGUUAUCAUCCACCGUGCUAUCCUGGGCUCUGUGGAGAGAAUGAUCGCCAUUUUAACUGAAAACUAUGGAGGCAAAUGGCCACUCUGGCUGUCUCCACAGCAGGUAAUGGUAGUGCCAGUGGGACCAACGUGUGAUGAAUAUGCCCAAAAGGUGAGACAGCAGUUCCAUGAUGCUGGGUUAAUGGUGGAUAUUGAUGUAGAUCCUGGGUGCACCCUGAACAAGAAGAUCAGAAAUGCUCAGCUUGCACAGUAUAACUUUAUUCUGGUUGUUGGUGAAAAGGAAAAGGCAAGUGGAACAGUUAACAUCCGUACCAGAGAUAACAAGGUGCAUGGUGAGCGUACAAUUGCUGAUACUGUGAAGAGACUGCUGGAACUGAAAUGUUCUCGUUCCAAACAAGCUGAAGAAGAAUUUUAACACCACCUGUUCCACCUGACGUAAAAUGAUUCUAGAUUUCCUAACUCAGUUAACCGCAGAGUUAUUUGUACAAGAUUUGCAGAAGUGUUCUGUCAGAAAUGCCUCUUUUUGUAGAAAUCAGUUUCUCACAAACCUUGAAGUAAAAUUUCGUGGCCUCUAAACAAUGACAGAUGAAGCAAGAUGAAAUGACUUUCUGUGACUGCAAAGGAAAAUGGAAACAUUAAUGGGGGAUAUUUACUGUGUUCUAGCUACUUAAAAAUAAAAUAUGUUUUGAUAACAACUGUUUUUCAUGGAAGUUUUACAAGAAACCUCAGGCUUAAGAAAGCACAUAGCAGUGCUACACUGCAGCAGCAUUAUGAUAUCUCCUUUGGCAAGCUGAUACCUUGCAAUCUUGUCUGCCUGUCCUACAUCAGUUAAAUUCAUUGACUCUGAACGUUUCCCAAUCACAUAGGCUGAGAAAUGAGUAGAGAUUCUCUGCUUAGUAGGUGUAGGUGCUUCUGGGAGGGUUCCAGCUCUCACUGCAGAGUGCUCCAGCCAUGGGGUUGUCUGCUGUGUAGCGCUGAGCUGAUAACCAAGGCCAAGCUAUGCCCUUUUCUGAAGGCAGCACUUGAAACAUGCUUUAAUUGUAAGCUCACUGUUGUUUCAAGAGAGGAUAUGACUGGAAGAGGUACGGAAUAGUAGGGCCAAAGAAGCAGCUAAGGAAGCCAGAAUUGUUAGGACCAGAUGAUACUAAGAUGUGUUACUUUUCAGUGUGGUACAAACACCUUUUGUGCAAUAUUUCUAUACCAACCUUCCAAUCCAGGACGUCACACAGUUUUGGUUUAGUUUUUGCACAUCUGUUUGACAAGGCAGUUGCUAAAUUCCUGUCACUGACAAAAAUCCUGGGAUGUAGAGAUGCUUUUUUGUGUGUUAAUCUUAACUGACCCAAACGCCUUCUAAAAGUAGUUGAUGACUUUUUUUUCUGAAAAUAAAAUCCAUUCUAGAUUAGCCAAACAACCAAAGUUAAUGCAAGACCUUCUGCAUACAAGUCUGAGGCCAGGUUUGAGCCAUCUUAUUGUAUAAAAAACUUCCAACUCUUGUAACUUCCUGUGUUAUCUGGGAAGAAAAAACUCAUCCAGCCUUUUCUCACCCAUCUUUACAGAUAUGGAUGAUAUAUUAGCAUUUGAAUUCAUCAAAUUUUAACAAAAGCUUUUUAAUGCUCCUUUGUCGGACAAGUAACAUUCUAUUUGAUUGCCUACUAUAAAAGAGAGAACUGACUUUGAAAGCAACAAAGCAGUGGAAAAUUAUUUCAGUGAAGAUGGAAUAGGCUUAAAAUACCUUAAUCGAAUUUUCUAUUUUUUUCCAUCUACUUUACUUUGCUAUGAAUUGGUUAUUGCUAUAACUAAGCAGAACUAGAUGUAAUUUCUGAAGUCCUGAAGUGGCAGGACUUCACCAACACGUUGAAACAAAGUCAGAGUAGAGAUCAACGCCACAGGAAAGAAGAGCAACUAGCUCCUUUUCUCUCUGGGAAUCAUGUCUUAAACUGCCUUUCAGACACGAUGAUGUAUGUUUCUGAGUUUCAUGGAGAGCUGUCUUUUGUGUUGGAGGGUGUCCCUGUGCGUGCUGGUAGACGUACUAAGAUAAUGGUGCUGUAAAAUGCUGGCCACUACUGUGUAUGACUCAGUAGAUGUCAGUUCUGGACAAACUGUCCUUUUACAAACCUUAUUUGCAUAGAUCAUGCUGAUAGAUUGUGUAGUUCAUCUAUGGAAGAACCCUAUGAAAGGAACAUGUAAGUACAUGAAAAAUGUAUUACUAGAAACAAGACCUAAGGAAAAUCAUCCAAUAAAAUAUGUAUAUACCCCAA